AUGAGAGAUCUCAACGCGGGCAAGGGAGGUGACUCGCAAUCGCACUUCGCAAAGCGACGAAUUAGCAAUGGCCCUUUUGCUGUCAAGGACUCAAUAGACCGCAGAUCCCACAAGAGAGGGUACCACGAUAAGCCUCGGGCUUCGACACAAAGCGGCCCUUUCGCCCAUGGCACCUGUACCCGUGCCAAGAACUCCGAGAAGUCGGGUGACGAACACCAGAACGCGUCAUGUUGCGAGCCAUGCGUUGCGGGAGUUGACUCAACAGGAAACUGUGCGGCAAUGAUGUUGGAUCUAGAACCCGGGCUCAUUGUUAAAAAAGAAGAGACUCUCCGCGUGGCACACGGUUCUAACCAUGUUGGACAUUCUACUUACAAAAUCAAGUACAUGGAAUUGGAGAGAUCGUUUGAGGCGGUUUCCGGGUCGGGUUGUCAUCUCUUACCAGACCCGAGACAGCCAAGACACCAACGUCUCGGACAGGUAUGUUCGACGCUCUUUGUCUGUUACCCUCAUGUUGCUGGAUUAUGA